CAAGACAGCAAGCCUGUGCAAAUGAUGAUUCAGAACAGCACGUUUAAGGUGGCCACGGUGGCUGCGGAGAAAAUGAAGAUCCUGGAGCUUCCGUAUGCCAGCGGAGAGCUGAGCAUGUUGGUGCUGUUGCCUGAUGAGGUUUCUGGCCUGGAGCAGAUUGAGAACAAAAUCAGCUUUGAAAAACUCACACAGUGGACCAGUCCCAGUGUGAUGGAAAGGAAGGUAGUGAAAGUGUAUCUCCCUCGCAUGAAGAUUGAAGAAAAAUAUAACCUCACAUCUGUCUUAGUGGCCUUGGGAAUGACUGACCUGUUCAGCCCUUCAGCCAAUCUGUCUGCUAUCUCUUCUGCAGAGAACCUGAAGAUGUCUCAGGCUGUGCAUGGGGCAUACAUGGAAGUCAAUGAAGCGGGCACAGAGGUGGUAGGCUCAACAGGGGUGAUGGGAGACAUCAAGGAUUCCUCUGAGUUUGAAGAGUUUAGGGCUGACCACCCAUUCCUCUUCUUGAUCAAACACAACCCAACCAACAGCAUUGUCUACUUUGGUAGAUAUUGUUCCCCCUAAAAAGAUAAAGAGCUGGAAAUAACACAUGCCUUUCCCUCAGAAAGAAAAUCCCUUUACUGUAGUGUUGUAGAGUAAUCUUAUCUCUUCAGUAUUUUCUACAGCUGGAAAGCCUGUUUUGGAAGCUUCUGUAGCAAAGACAUACCUUCAGGUGAGGAAACAGCACCAAGCAUGGUUACUACUUCUUUUCUCAUACUGGUUAUAGAAUGGCUUGAGCUGAGCAAAGGCUGAACCAAAGAGAAGGUGAGAAUGAAAGCACUCAUCAGCCAGGAAAGGGCCAAGUGAUUUUCACUUAAGGAACAAAUUGCAGGCAUGACCCCGAGUCACUGGGAACCUAUCACAUAGAAGGCCAUUGGCUGUGGUCAUCCCAAUCCCCAGCAGGAUCCUGCUGACAAACCCGUGUUGCCACUCCUGAAAUGUGAGCUUUGAGAUCUCCAGUCUCGAGGAGAUGCUUGUGGAAAAGUUUCUAGUGUGCAGGUUAUUGACUGGUGGCUAUGUAAAUUUUAAGUUUAUUUACUUAGCUAUUGGGAAACGUUGUACACGUUCACUGUCACCAGAGUUGCCCUCUCACCAUGAGUUCCUCAUGUAAUUUUGAAUUCCUUGAAGAGUUUAUCCAAUGUCAUAAAGAGUCUGCCUUCUGCUCCAGAGAAGGGAACUAGAUCUAAUUUUGUGUAGGUGCAGUUAUGCCUUUUCACGGAGUGUAGAUUCAAAGCCUGAACCAUGGAGAUCCAAGUAAUAAUCCAGAAUUUAGUGAGAACCACUAGGCAAAAGAAGUGUCUGAAUUUUUGUUUAAAACUUUGGAAGACACUUCAAAUUUGAGAAAAUCGUGGUUUGUCUGUUUG